GCCAAAUGCCAAUCGCCAUUUUUAAUUUUCAAUUAAUGUUUUGUGUGGCGUCAGGCGUGUGCAUUUGCAUUUGGCAGCUUGUAAUUAAAGAAAUAUCCAGAAGAAAAACAAUAUAUCUACAGUAUUCCUCCAAUUGAAGAAGAUAUUUAAGUACUUGUAAGUAGCCAUGUCUUUAGAUUACCUGUUAAUUAAAUUGGAUUCCGACAUGUACAACUUCGAAUAUUUUCAACAAGUCAACGUAUGCCGUUUAUGUUGGAAAACAGACCCCCUAUCUCAAUUAAUAGAAAUAUCUACGGAGAAUACGUUAAAAAACGAUAUAGUUGACAAAAUAAUCGAUUGCUUAGAAAUUAAUUUGAAACCAAGUUCAUUGCCGAAAAAUAUUUGCUCAGACUGUUUCGAUCGUAUCGACAAAUACUAUAGCUUCAAAAAGUUUUGCCAGAAAUCUGAUAAAAAAUUGCGCGAGAUAUUAUCAAAUCACGAAAAUAGCACAAUAAAAAAAGAAGACGUGGUAGGAGACGAAACCUUCGAUUGUUUUGAGAGUUUGAAAGGAUCGGACAGCGAAAACGACCUUAAAAUCGAAGAAUUAAGGAAGUAUAACAAACGCAAACCUAAACGAACACCUUCGUAUUGCAAUAUAUGUAGAUUAGAUUUUGAAAACGCCGAAAAAUUCGAAAUACACAAUUCUAAAUGUCACGGUGUAGAAAAUGGCGGUUUCAAAUGCUUCGGUUGUACAAAAUUGUUCAAAAAUCGCAAAUCACGUCUCGGGCACGAGGUAAACUUCUGCAAAAGCAUGAAAGAUGGCUACAAAUGCGUCUCGUGCGAUAGACAUUUGCCGAGAAGAGGCAUGUAUGAGUCACAUAUGAGGGAUCAUCAGAGAAAUGUAGCGAUACAACUUCCCGAUGAGCUAUUCAAAUGUAUAAAAUGUGAUUUAUCAUACAAAACUAAGCAGUUGCUGCAAGAUCAUGGGCUAAAAGUGCAUAAGAAUGAUGUCAAGAAAUAUGUGUGCGAGAGCUGUGGCCGCGUGUUCACAAGGAACGACUAUCUCCUGAAGCACAAACUCACGCACACCGGAGAGAAGCAGUAUGAGUGCCCACACUGCAGCUUCCGGGCCACGCAGAGGUCUUCUCUUACUGUACACAUCAGAAAGCACACCGGAGAGCGUCCGUACGAAUGCAGCUUCUGCCCUCAGAGAUGCAUCUCCAGCUCAAACUUGAGGGCACACCAGCAGAGACACUUGGGGAUUAAAUCUCAUGAGUGCAAAGUGUGCAACAAGAAAUUUGGGUACAAAGUCAGUUUGCAGGAGCACAUGGCUACCCACAUGCCGACGCAGGCGCAUCAAUGCGAACAAUGCACCGCCUCAUACUCUCGCCUGCGGGCACUGAAGAGGCACAUGGCUGCCAGACACCCUGAGAAGAACCCACCAGAUUGAUGAACUGUGAAGCAGCACUCGUCACCUGAAAAGUUCCUACCACAUGGGUGAACUAUGAAAAAGUAAUAGAUUCUCAACAGAUGGAUGAACUGUCUAAAGAAGAUUGAGAUGAUCCUACCAGAUGGAUGAAUUAUGAACGAGCACUCACAACCUCGAGAAGAUCCUACCAGAUGGAUGAACUGUAAAUAAGCACUCGCCACUUUGAGAAGAUCCCACCAGAUGGAUGAACCGUGAAAGAGUACUCACCACCUUGAGAAGAUCCUACCAGAUGGAUGAACUGUGAAAGAGAACUCACCUCCUUGAGAAGAUCCCACCAGAUGGAUGAACCGUGAAAGAGUACUCACCACCUCGAGAAGAUCCUACCAGAUGGACAAACUGUGAAAGAGCACUCACCACCUCGAGAAGAUCCUACCAGAUGGACAAACUGUGAAAGACCACUCACCACCUCGAGAAGAUCCUACCAGAUGGACAAACUGUGAAAGACCACUCACCACCUCGAGAAGAUCCUACCAGAUGGACAAACUGUGAAAGAGCACUCACCACCUCGAGAAGAUCCUACCAGAUGGACAAACUGUGAAAGAGCACUCACCACCUCGAGAAGAUCCUACCAGAUGGACAAACUGUGAAAGAGCACUCACCACCUCGAGAAGAUCCUACCAGAUGGACAAACUGUGAAAGAGCACUGACCACCUUGAGAAGAUCCUACCAGAUGGACAAACUGUGAAAGAGCACUGACCACCUUGAGAAGAUCCUACCAGAUGGACAAACUGUGAAAGAGCACUCACCACCUCGAGAAGAUCCUACCAGAUGGACAAACUGUGAAAGAGCACUCACCACCUCGAGAAGAUCUUACCAGAUGGAUGAACUAUGAAAGGGCACUCACCACCUUGAAAAGAUCCUACCAGAUGGAUGAAUUGUGAAAGAGCACUCACCACUUUGACAAGAUCUUACCAGAUUAUGAACUGUGAAAGAGUUAAUAAAAGUAUGAAAAAGGAAUAAAGGUCUUUGGCUGUUUUUAUUAAUUGAGAUUAUUUUAGCAUGGUUUAGAUUUUUGUUUUGGUGAAUUUUUCAUCCAUCAUGGUAUAUGUUUGUUAUCUUUAUAAAAUAAAAAGAUGUUGGUAGGAUAACCAUCUCAGAAUGACCUUGAGACUUAUUGUAUCUUUAAAUUGUAAAUUAAAUAUCAUCCAUUAGGCUAUACAUUUACAACCUUAUUUUAAAUUUCAUUGUAAUCUUUUAUGAUUUUUUUUGUAUUUUCAGCUUGUGAAAACUGUCAGUGAAUAUUUUGCUAUCAUAUUUACUGAUAGUUUUCCAAAUUUCAAAAAUAUGGGUAAGGAUGAAACAUACAGGGUGCUCGGGAGUAUUGGCGUAACUCUAGGGUUAUAUUCUUUAACAAAAAUUAAUUCAAAAUGUUCAAGAAACAUGUGUUCUAAAAUGAAUAUUUUUGGAGUAAAUAAUAUUUCUUUUGUAAAUAGAUCUUAAAAUGUUUCCCUUAGACGCAUCCUUAUAAUUAUGAAUAACCAAGUUUUACGUAUUAUAAAAUACAAGGUUAGAUAAAGGCGUGUAUUACAUGGAUAGCUUUUUUUUUUUCAGGAGGAAAAAAAUCCUCAUGGACAUCCUGAACCGGAUAGUGCCGGACUCCUACCGGCUAAAGAAAAGCCCCUCCUGACCCCAAGGCGUUGGUGCUCCUGCCAAUUCGACCUACCACCAACACCCCUGUCUAUGUAUCACCGAGCUCUAUUUCUUUCUCUGUCGUCCUUCUCUUUACACUUUAUUUACACAUGGAUAGUUGGAAUUAUUUGAAUGACUUUUUUUUUAGUUGAAAAAAUAUUGGUUAUGCGGUUAGGCUCCUAUAAGUGGACUCGUCAACACCUUGAAGUUAUGGGAAAUACUCCCGAGCAGCCUGUAUAUUCAUAUUUCAAUUUUUUGCCAUUUUCAUCAUUUGAGCGCCUACUUCUCUGUGUGGUGUAAAUUAAUUACUUUUGGUGAUUUGUUAGUCAGUGUUUUUGUGUCCCUAGGUAUAUCAAAGUCGUAAAAAUAGCUUCACUGAUAGUUUUCCAAAUUAUAAAAAAAAUUAAUAAGGAUUUUUUUUUUUUAUUUUAGCUGUUUUCACUAAUUGAGCAUAUAGUUUGAGGUUUGGUUUUUCCUUUCUUCGUCCUCAAGUGUUAAGAGGACACAGUUCCAUUUCUGUUCAUUACGGCUCCGCCUAAGUGUUAUUUUUCUCAGUUAAUUGAAAAGCUUUUACUAAACUAAAUUACAAAAAUAAAAAUAUGGAAAUAGAGAAUGGAAAGAAUUUCAUAUUUUUAUUUUUGAUGUUCUUGUUAAUUCUUUAAAAAGAUAGCUAAAAGAGGGUAAAAAGAGGACAAGCUACUGGUAGCUUGGUUACCUUGCAGUGUCGUGAGACGUUUGCCAGUGUUCUGUUUUUCCUAAAAAACUGCUGUCGCGAUUUUUUUUGUGUUCUGGUAUAUCAAGCUCGUGUAGUCUCGUAUUCCCUGAUAGCUUCCUAAAUUACAAAAAUAUAAAUAUGGAAAAAGAGAUUGGAAAGAAUUGCAUAUUUUUAUUUUUGAAGUUCUUAUUAAUUCAUAAAAAAAAACUAAAAAGAAGAAUCUGGUGCUAGGCUAACCACUUUGGAGUGUCAUUAGCCGUCAGACAGUGUUCUGUUUUUCCUAAAAAACCUGUGCUGUCACAAUUUUUUUUGUGGUCUGGUAUUUCAAGCUCGUGUAGUCUCGUAUUCGCUGAUAGCUUCCUAAAUUACAAAAAUAAAAAUAUGGAAAAAGAGAAGGAAAAGAAAUGCAUAUUUCUAUUUUUGAUGUUCUUAUAAAUUCUUUAAAAAAAAAAGAAGAAUCUGGUGGUUAGCCUACCACCAGAUUCUUCUUUUUACCUUUUUUUUAACCACCUUGGAGUGUUAUUAACCGUCAGCCAGUGUUAUGUUUUUCCUAAAAAAAUGCUGUCACAAUUUUUUUUGUGUGCUGGUAUUUCAAGCUCGUGUAGUCUCAUAUUCGCUGAUAGCUUCCUAAAUUACAAAAAUAAAGAUAUGAAAAGAAAGGGAAUGAAUUGCAUACUUUUAUUUUUGAUAUUCUUAUUAAUUCUUUAAAAAAUAAGCUAAAAUAAAAAGAAGAAUCUGGUGGUAGGCUAACCACCUUGGAGUAUCAUUAGUCGUCAGCCAGUGUUCUGUUUUGCCUAAAAACUACUGUCACAAUUUUUUUUGUGGUCUGGUAUUUCAAGCUCGUGUAGUCUCGUAUUCGCUGAUAGCUUCCUAAAUUACAAAAAUAAAAAUAUGGAAAAAGAGAAGGGAAAGAAUUGCAUAUUUUUAUUUUUGAUGUUCUUAUUAAUUCUUUAAAAAAAACGAAGAAUCUGGUGGUUAGCCUACCACCAGAUUCUUAUUUUUACCUUUUUUUUUAACCACCUUGUUAUUAGCCGUCAGACAGUGUUCUGUUUUUCUUAAAAAACUGCUGUCACAAUUUAUUUUUGUGUUCUUUGGCAUUUCAAGCUCGUGCAGUCUCAUAUUCCCUGAUAGCUUCCUAAAUUACAAAAAUAUAAAUAUGGAAAAAGAGAAGGGAAAGAAUUGCAUAUUUUUAUUUUUAGUGUUCUUAUUAAUUCAUUAAAAAAAAAAGCUAAAAAAAUAGGGAAAAAUAAGAAUCUGGUGGAAUUCUAACCACCUUGGAGUGUCAUUAGUCGUCAGCCAGUGUUCUGUUUUUCCUAAAAAACUGCUGUCACAAUUUAUUUUUGUGUGCUGGUAUUUCAAGCUCGUGUAGUCUCGUAUUCGCUGAUAGCUUCCUAAAUUACAAAAAUAAAAAUAUGGAAAAAGAGAAGGGAAAGAAUUGCAUAUUUUUAUUUUUGAUGUUCUUAUUAAUUCUUUAAAAAAAACGAAGAAUCUGGUGGUUAGCCUACCACCAGAUUCUUAUUUUUACCUUUUUUUUAACCACCUUGGAGUGUUAUUAGCCGUCAGACAGUGUUCUGUUUUUCCUAAAAAACUGCUGUCACAAUUUUUUUCGUAUUCUUUGGUAUUUCAAGCCUGUGUAGUCUCGUAUUCGCUGAUAGCUUCCUAAAUUACAAAAAUAAAGAUAUGGAAAAAGAGAAGGGAAAGAAUUGCAUAUUUUUAUUUUUGAUGUUCUUAUUAAUUCUUAAAAAAAAGCUAAAAAGAAGAAUCUGGUGGCAGGCUAACCACUUUGGAGUGUCAUUAGCCGUCAGACAGUGUUCUGUUUUUCCUAAAAAACUGCUGUCACAAUUUUUUUCCUAUUCUUUGGUAUUUCAAGCUCGUGUAGUCUCGUAUUCCCUGAUAGCUUCCUAAAUUACAAAAAUAUAAAUAUGGAAAAAGAGAAGGGAAAGAAUUGCAUAUUUUUAUUUUUGAUGUUCUUAUUAAUUCUUUAAAAAAAACGAAGAAUCUGGUGGUUAGCCUACCACCAGAUUCUUAUUUUUACCUUUUUUUUUAACCACCUUGUUAUUAGCCGUCAGACAGUGUUCUGUUUUUCUUAAAAAACUGCUGUCACAAUUUAUUUUUGUGUUCUUUGGCAUUUCAAGCUCGUGCAGUCUCAUAUUCCCUGAUAGCUUCCUAAAUUACAAAAAUAUAAAUAUGGAAAAAGAGAAGGGAAAGAAUUGCAUAUUUUUAUUUUUGAUGUUCUUAUUAAUUCUUUAAAAAAUAAGCUAAAAUAAAAAGAAGAAUCUGGUGGUAGGCUAACCACCUUGGAGUAUCAUUAGUCGUCAGCCAGUGUUCUGUUUUGCCUAAAAACUACUGUCACAAUUUUUUUAGUGGUCUGGUAUUUCAAGCUCGUGUAGUCUCGUAAUCGCUGAUAGCUUCCUAAAUUACAAAAAUAAAAAUAUGGAAAAAGAGAAGGAAAAGAAAUGCAUAUUUUUAUUUUUGAUGUUCUUAUAAAUUCUUUAAAAAAAAAGAAGAAUCUGGUGGUUAGCCUACCACCAGAUUCUUCUUUUUACCUUUUUUUUAACCACCUUGGAGUGUUAUUAGCCGUCAGACAGUUGUUCUGUUUUUCCUAAAAAACCCGUGCUGUCACAAUUUUUUUUGUAUUCUUUGGUAUUUCAAGCUCGUGUAGUCUCGUAUUCCCUGAUAGCUUCCUAAAUUACAAAAAUAUAAAUAUGGAAAAAGAGAAGGAAAAGAAAUGCAUAUUUUUAUUUUUGAUGUUCUUAUAAAUUCUUUAAAAAAAAAGAAGAAUCUGGUGGUUAGCCUACCACCAGAUUCUUCUUUUUACCUUUUUUUUAACCACCUUGUUAUUAGCCGUCAGACAGUGUUCUGUUUUUCCUAAAAAACUGCUGUCAAAAUUUUUUUCGUAUUCUUUGGUAUUUCAAGCCUGUGUAGUCUCGUAUUCGCUGAUAGUUUCCUAAGUUACAAAAAUAAAAAUAUGGAAAAAGAGAAAGGAAAAGAAAUGCAUGUUUUUUUUUUGAUAUUCUUAUUAAUUCUUAAAAAAAAAGCUAAAAAGAAGAAUCUGGUGGCAGGCUAACCACCUUGGAGUGUUAUUAGCCGUCAGACAGUGUUCUGUUUUUCCUAAAAAACUGCUGUCACAUUUUUUUUCCUAUUCUUUGGUAUAUCAAGGCUGUGUAGUCUCGUAUUCGCUGAUAGCUUCCUAAAUUACAAAAAUAAAGAUAUGGAAAAAGAGAAGGGAAUAAAUUGCAUAUUUUUAUUUUUGAUGUUCAAGGAAUAAUAAAAUUCUUUAAAAAAAAAAGCUAAAAAAUAGGGAAAAAUAAGAAUCUGGUGGUAGGCUAACUAUCCUGGAGUGUCAUUAGUCGUCAGCCAGUGUUCUGUUUUUCUUAAAAAACUGUUGCCACAAUUUAUUUUUGUGUUCUUUGGCAUUUCAAGCUCGUGCAGUCUCAUAUUCCCUGAUAGCUUUCUAAAUUAGAAAAAUAAAAAUAUGGAAAAAGAGAAGGGAAAGAAUUGCAUAUUUUUAUUUUUGAAGUUCUUAUUAAUUCUUUAAAAAUAAGGUAAAAAGAAGAAUUUAGUGGUAGGUUAACCACCUUGGAGUGUCAUUAGUCGUCGGCCAGUGUUCUGUUUUUCUUAAAAAACUGCUGUCACAAUUUUUUUUCGUGUUUAUUAUUUCAAGCUCUUGUAGUCUCGUAUUCACUAAUAGCUUCCUAAAUUACAAAAAUAAAAAUAUGGAAAAAGAAAGGAAAUGAAUUGCAUAUUUUAAUUUUUGAUGCUCUUAUUAUUUCUUUAAAAAGGGAGCUAUAAAAAGGUUAAAAGAAGAAUCCGUUUUGUUGUUUUUAUUAUUUUUUUAAAAAGAGAUAGCUCUCUUUUUAAAAAACACUGGGAAAAAAAUAAAAAGAAGAAGCUGGUGGUAUCAUGUGACGUCUGCCAGUGUUCUUUAUUUUUCUAAAAAACUGAUGUCACAAUUUUGUUUUGGGAUUGGUAUUUCAAGCUCGUGUAGAUAAUCAUAUUCACUGAUAGAUUUCUAAAUUACAAAAAUAAAAAUAUAGAAAUAGGAAAGGAAAAGAAUUUCAUAUUUUUAUUUUUGCUGUUAAUUAUUAAAUAAUGUAAAAAAAACAUACACUCGAAUUGAGAACCUCCUCCUUUUUUUGAAAUCUGUUACAAAAGGGUAAAAGCUUGUACUUUUUUUUGAGGUUUGGUUUUCGUUUUUUUAUGUCCCAAGUCACAAGAGGACACAAAAAACACUAAUUAUUUCGGGAGUCUAGGUCACAAACCACGGAGAACAAGAUGUCGAAGGCACCAAACGCACAUAGAACCGCGUUCCGAUCAACUACACUUAAUUAUUUCAAUAGCCUUGCAAAACUGCCACAAAGAUACGUGGUCAUCACAAAUCAGUUUAAAUCUCGCGAUUCGCGCAACUUCGGUCAACCGGCUUGCGCUUCGCGUUAACUUCAACAAACAACGCAAUUUGCAGCGCAGGCGACCGGUGAGCGAAAACGAGCCGCUCCGUUCGGUUACGGCGUCAGCGCCCCAGAACGUCCAUAACAAGCGGGAUUAGCGCGACAAAAUCUACAAUCAGCGUUGGUAUCGGGGAUGUAGCUGCAAGCCUCAACCACUAGUUGGUUUUCGAGAGCUGUUUCAUAUAUUGACUAUUGUGGAGAGAUCCAGGUCGUUAUUGCGCACAAACCACGGAGCGCCCGCGCAGUGCGUUGCCACGGGAUGGGUGCUUCGUGUAAGGUGACCUCUUUUAAAUCGAAAUGGCGUGCAAGUUUCCUUGAGAAGAGCACUCUUUUCUGGGUUUACCUCUAUCCUCCAGGCAUUCGGCGUUCUCUAGGCAUUCGGUGUUAAGCCAGCUUGUGUGUUUAGCAUUGAAGUCACCGGCCAAGAUGACGAAGUGGCUUAAAGAGAGGAGUGACUGAAUGUCACUUUCUAGCAGCUGUUUAUCACAUCUUUGAUAGAUUGAAACCAGUGUGAUCGGCAAAUGGCCGGUCAUACUGACCUGACAGAUUGUGACUUCCAUGUUACUAAGCUCGGGAGGAUCGAGAGGAGUGCAGUGAAAGAGCCCUUGGCUGUGAUAAAUAGCCGUGCCACCCUGCUUGUGGGUGGUCCGGUCGUUUCUAAUCAUUCAAUAGUUCCCUAUUUUGGGAUCGCGAAGGCUAGGUUUCAAGAAGGUCCGGCACCAAAAAGAUGUCCGGUUUGUGGUCGCUUAUCCAUUUGCGGACCCCGAGUAUGUCAUCGGUGAGCCCGUCUGCGUUGUAGAAGCCGACAGUCAGGGUAUGCGGUUUUAACCUACCGUUGUGAGCCAUUUAGAAAGUUUUUAAAGUUUUCUAUCGCGCGGAGCAUGAUACUGUGCUCGCUCAUUACCCUUAGGGCCUUAGUUGGAGGGUCUACUUUGUACUUCUCAAUGAAGAGAUCGUAUUCUUCCAUACGGACUACAUCCGAGAAGGAGUGAGUCGCGUAUGAAGCUUUAGACUUUGGGUUGAGCGGGCUUUUUAGCCGCAAGUUUGCGAGUCGCUGCCCUGCCGCUUCGCUUGCCUGACUGCUUGCCUGGAUGUGGGGCCUUCCGGCAUCCGCGAUGAUUCGCCGGAUGGCCGGCUUCGCCGCACCGCAAUCGGCUUGGGGGCACUUCAGCGAUUCGCUCCUUGCAGGGAUAAUCGAUAGUGCCGUAAUCACCCAGGCACUUUACGCACCUGGGUUGGGCGAAACAGUUUUUUUGUAGCCGUAUAACUGGCAUCGGUGACAUUGGCCGAUUUGUCCUUUGUUAUUUGGCUUCUCGAAGGAGAGACCAGAGAGGUGACAGAUGGACCUGAGGUUGUAUAUCCUCAUACCCUCGGGAGACAGGUGGACGAUCGCUAAUACGAGGUCUACGGGUUCUUUUGUACGCGUGUGGUACAUAGGAUGAACCUCGUGCACAGGAAGCUCCUGUGCAACGUGGUCGGCUUUUAUUUACUCUAUACUGAGCUCCUUUGGAAGGCCGCGGACUACCACGCGAAAGGACUCUCUCUUCGCGGAGAGCGUAGGUAUGGUACCCCUAUUCCGUUUGACCUCAAUAAUUGCUUGAGUGUGUAGGUGAUUUUGAUGAACGGAUUUUGACGAAAUUUACAUAUGUAAAGUGCGGAAACAGGGUUCCAUGCACACAUUUUUGUUGCACCCUACACUGAGUGUCACCACUCUUUUUCCACACACCACGCAAACGCGGCGCGAUUGUUUACUCAAGCGGUGACUCAACUCUAUUCUCUGUUGUUGGACUAUUUGGGGCGGAAACGGACGGGCGGUGGCGUGCCGUGAAAGAAGUGAAUUUAUUAAAUUAGUUCGAAAAUCUCGGUGAUUCAUAGAAGAUGAGUGACUGGCAAUUAUAAAGGAAUUUAAAACUGAUCCCCCCCCCCCUCUUCAUAACAUUGUAAUCCAAUAUUAGGAAUUAGAAUGGGUCUAGUGGAACCUCCUACAGUGCCCUGUCCAUUACCAAUGGUAUGUGGAGAGAAUAGCAACCCUGUUUGUGUCUCUUCUUAACAUGAUAUCAACAUCACCGGAGGAAAGACCAGAUAUCUGCCCCCGGCGCAUGUGCCUUUUGGUGAGAUCGUGUAGGGCCUGCGGGACGAAUUUGCGGUCGGUCCGCAGAGUUCAUACACAGUCAAACCCAACAGAUUUCAAACGUCGAGCCAAACAAGGGGAUUGAUAGUAAUUAUCCAUCCACACACAACCCCUUGUACUCCAAGCCCUGGACUAAUCUCAAGACAAUCGACGGUGUAAUGGCGUCCAACGAAUUGCUAUGCUGCUGGGGUGGGGAUUUUCUAUGAGAAUGAAUCUCAAACCGACAUACGUCCCGGUUUGAGAUUCGCAUAUCUCAUAAGUUUUAAUACCCUUCCUAGCAGAUUUGUUUGGUAUCAGCUGGCCGAUAUCAAGCCAGCCUUUCCACAUAAGAAGGCUCUCAUCAAGUGAUAUAUUUUCUGCUGGAGUGUACAUCUGCUGAAAUUUGUUAUUUAAAUGUGUCAAAAUUGAUUGUAUUUUGUAGAGCCUAGCGUCAGAGAAACUUACACCCGGUUCUAGUGCACACAUGUUAUCAUUAAAGUGCAGACAUCUAUCUUCUAUACUUAUAAUAAAUCUGUAGAGAGGUCAAUUCUGUACAUGAAAUAUAUUUCCAAAAUAACUAUCAGGGGGUGAUAAUUGAUCGAUACUGAUACCAAAAAUGCAAUCAGUAAAAUUUUUGUCUGUCUGUCUGUAUGUUCUUUAUAGAAACAAAAACUACUGGACGGAUUUUAACGAAACUUGGUACAAUUAUUCUACAUACUCCUGGGCAGGUUAUAGUAAGUAUACUUUUCAUUACGCUACGAUCAAUAGGAGCAGAGCAAUGAAGAGAAAUGUUGAGAAAACGGGAGAAGUUACUCAAUUUUUUAAGCUUCCGUCGCGUGUACAGCCCUAAUGGUUAAAGCUACAUAGAAAUCAUGUAUGACGGAAAUGUUCUCCUUAAAAUUAUCUAUAAAAACACAACAGCAUAUAUAUGUCUAUCUUUUAUGGUUGACUCACAAUAACACGUGUAACUCCCGAUAGCUUAGCAGUUCGGAGCUUUCUAAUUAUUUUUGUCUACUCUUAUGUUUAUAACACUCAUCACUCAUCCCUAAUAAGAAAGUUAACAUUAUUACCUAUUCAAUAAAAAAAGAAUCAUAAAAAUCGGUAAAGAAACACCAAAGUUAUACAAGAAAUACGCUAAGCCAUCGCGCGUGAAUGCUAAUUCAUGCUAUAUGGAUUAUUUUUGUGUAACGGUUGCCGCGCUCGACGCGACUCGCGGUGGGAGGAAUAAAUAAAGAAGUGCAGCCUUAAUGAGUAGGGUAGGGGUAGGGUAGGGGUACUUGAAAGUUUACAACGACUUUCACGCGGACGAAGUCGCGGGCGUCCGCUAGUUUAAUAAUAAAAAGCGAUCGAUUGGCAUGUAAGCAGUAAAACCGGGUGUACAAAAUACGUCACGGGUGUCAUUCCAAUAUUCGUCAGGUCUUGUUUUGACAACAACCCCCAUCGCCAGAAUAAUUGCAAAAAGGGCGUACAGCUCAUCUGUCGUUGUAUCCACCCAACGGCAGAUGCGGCUUCUGGGACGGAGGCUGUUGUCCUCGAAUUUUUGGGAUGCCACCUGCUGUGCAUAUUUGUUUAUCUCUGACGCUAUGUGCUCUAUGAUCGGCCGAUCCCAUAUUUGACCAAAGAUCGUGUAUGGGUCGACCGAUGGAGCAGUAGGCGUUACAUUGACUUGUGUGAAAAUUUCGCGCCUCAAUUCCGGAGGAAUCUGAGGGCCGCGAAAUUCUCUCCACUGAAAAUCGUUAACGACCCUGAAUGACCCUGAUGAACGGAUUUUGACGAAAUUUACAUAUGUAAAGUGAGGAAACGGUUCCAUGCACACUUCUUUGUUGCACCCUACACUGAGUGUCACACCUCUUUUUCCACACACCACGCAAACGCGGCGCGAUUGUUUACUCAAGCGGUGACUCAACUCUAUUCUCUGUUGUUGGAUUAUUUGGGGCGGAAACGGACGGGCGGUGGCGUGCCGCGAAAGAAGUGAAUUUAUUAAAUUAGUUCGAAAAUCUCGGUGAUUCAUAGAAGAUGAGUGACUGGCAAUUAUAAGGCUGUGUCCCCAGUAAGCAAACUGUCAGCGGCCGACUGAGUGAGCCGCAAAUUUGCAGCGAACUGAAAUUUGAGUUAGCUGCAGACUCAAAUCAAUUUUCGUGCGUCGCAAGCAAACUUGAGAGAGUUAGCCGCUUAUUUAGCCGACCGACUUAAUUAUCACUUUACUUUUGUUGUACGAAGGGAGUGGUUGUGUUGGUCACGAUGGAUAUUUUUGAAGUAAUUGGUAUCUUAGAAGCGCUGAAAGAGGAUAAAAGGAAGCACUGGGUUCACCCAUUAUACAAGAAAAGGUUGAGCAUUGGACAAUUUCACACUCUUUAUCCAGAACUAAGGAAACAUCCAGAAAAAUUUUACGACUAUUUCAAUAUGACUUCUCAUACAUUUGAUGAAUUGCUUAAAUCUAUAACCCAGUACAUAGCUAAAAAUAAUAUCACAAGAGAUACAUUAUGUCCCGAAGAACGGCUUACUAUAACUUUGAGGUAAGUAAAUAAUUAACGCUUUAGGAUUUUAAAAAAAUAUGUUAUUUUUAUUGUAAUACAAAGUCACUUUCGCAUUUAUAGUUUUUAAUUUAACAAUCACUUUUCAAAGUUACUGUAUUAUUUAAAUUGAAUUAAGAACAUAUAUGGUAACAUUAAGUUGGUAACCUGUCAUUCCUCAUCUUCAGUGUGGUUUGAAUCGCCUCGCAAUAUUGCUUCUAUGUCUUCUAUUUCCGCUGAAGAACCUGUAGAGCUAUGUGAUGGACUGUUUCGAGGGUAGUUUUGCACAUUUGGUGUACUGCUGCUUCCACUCGCAUAGCCAUACUGAUGUGGGUACUGGUAGGCAUUCGUCCAUCCAGUUAGCAUCAUACCACCGUCUAACCAUCACUAAUAUUAUAAUUAUUAUGUACACUAUAUUUUAUAUUUUUAAUAAUUUUCAUCACUUCGAACCGAAAUUCAAAAUUCUGUGUUGGGGACAUUGUCUUCAUUUCCGGUAAAAUAUUUAGUAGAAAGUUCAUAUCUGGAUCGUUUUCUCUUUUUUUUUCCAUCGAGUUAAUUAGGGCUUCUUGAAACACAGUCAUCUUUUUUGGUCUUCUUGAAACACAGUGAUCAUUUUCAUCUAAAAUAGCGCUACUGUCGCUAGACGUCUCGGCGCUAAUAUUGCCAGAUGUCUGGUUGCUAGCUCUAGAAACAUUUAAAAACUGUAACAUGUCCAAGUAUGGUGUCUUGCGUUUUUUUGUUGCGCCACUUCCGCUUUUGACUGAGGAAUCCUUAUUUUUUUCUCUGGUGUGAUAGUCGCGCAAACCCUUCCAUUUUUUUUGUAGGUCUUUUACUGAAACAGAAAUAAUCGGUAGUUCAAUAUUCUUUCCAGAUUCUUGUCAAGUGGACUAAGUUACAGAAAAAUUGCACAAGAGUUUCUUGUUGGAAAAUCGACGGUAUCGAAAAUAAUAAGUGAAACUGCAUGCAUUAUAUGGGAUAUUUUACAGCCACAGGAAAUGCCGGAACCUUCUGAAGAAUUGUGGCUAGAAAUAGCAAAACGAUAUUAUAAAAAAACCAACUAUCCUAAUUGUAUAGGAUCUAUCGAUGGCAAGCAUAUCCGUAUUAGAAAACCACCAAAAAGUGGGUCUAACUAUUUUAAUUAUAAGAAGUUCUUCUCAAUUGUUCUGUUAGCCGUAGCAGAUGCAAACUGUUCUUUUAUAGCUAUUGAUGUAGGUGCUUGCGGACGAAAUGCUGACAGUAAUAUAUUUAAAGAAAGUGGUUUUGGCAAAAAAUUGGCGUGUGGGUCUCUGAAGAUUCCUAACUCAACUAAAUUGCCUAAUUCAAAUGGAUUGCCCCAACCUUUCGUGUUUCUUGGAGAUGAGGCAUUUGGAUUACAAAAGCAUAUCUUGAGGCCUUUUCCUAAUAAAAGUUUAAAUAAGGAAGAGCGAAUUUACAAUUAUCGUCAUAGUCGAGCUAGGAGAUGCGUGGAAUGUGCAUUCGGCAUCCUAACAAGCAAAUGGAGAGUUCUGCAUACACCGAUCGCUACUAAUGUGAAUACAACCAUCGCUAUCGUAAAAGCCGUUUGUAUUUUACAUAAUUUUGUCAUAGCAAGAGAACAAGCACAAUAUGCACAUAUUUCGCGACGUACCUCAACAACUCUUACAAGUUCAAGGAGCCAAAUUAUUACUGUAUCAAAUUCUGGAAAAACAACAAGAGAAAACUUUAAAAACUAUUUUCUUAACGAAGGAAAGCUAUCCUGGCAAGAGAAAUAUUUGUAAGUUGUAGCUACAGAAAGAAAUAGUGUAACGGAGUGUGUAAAGCCGUAAAUACUAUGUAAAUUAUGAUACUUUGUUUUAUGUAGUGAGUGAUACAAGUAUAUUGUUGAAUAAAUAAUAAAUUCAUUAGAAUGGAACUUACUUCUUUUUUGUUUAGUGUUUUCUUCUAAGUUUUGCCAAUCAUCGUAUAUAAUUUCAGCGACUUCAUUCCAAUUGCUCUGCUUUAACCGAUUCCUUGCCACCUACAUUUUUCAAAUCUAUUCGCCCGGGCCCCAUAUAAAAUGUAUUGACGCGUGAGUCGCGUCAUUGGCCCUCCUGAAUGGUGACGCACCUAGUGCGUCAUUGGAACCCGGUAAUGUUUUUGAUACUAUUUUAAGUAGUUUCAAGUAUAAUAAUACAAAGUGAGACCUGUUACCGUGUGUUUUGUUUUAUUAAUUAGUUUAGUGUGCUUUAAAGUGACUAUCUACGUGUCUAAUAGGAAAUGGAAGGUAAGUUACAGAUUUUCAGCAUGAGUUGUAAACAUUUGGCUCGAAAAUCAAAGAAUCUUCGUAUUUUAUAUCAAAUUGGUGACAUAAAAAUACAAGGUGAUUAUUUUUAUACAUUUCCGGCUUAGAGUGGUAGGUUUGAUUCCCGGCUCUAGUAGGUAAGAGACAUUUCAAAAUUCUUUGAAUGCAAUUUAAUUUAUUAGAAAAUCAAUGUCAGAUCUUCGUUUGUCUUACAGUUUUAGACUUUUCCAUAUUGACCGUUCUAAAUGGGCCUCCCGGUAUGUUUUUUUUUCAGAAAUUAGAAAACGAAAAUAUAUUCCGGAAACGGAACAAGAGACACAGUGCGAGGAUGACCAGUUAUUUGAGGAGAACUCUCAAUCCUGGGAAUUUGAUAGUGGAACAAAUUAUGUAAGGGAUACUAGGAAGAAUACAACGAAGGAUAGUGCAACGUGCACAGAAAAGCAGACGGAAGAUGUAAAGGCUGUGACAGUCGUGGAUAUGCACGGCUGCAAAUAUUUUGGGCAAUUUGUGUCCAAUGAAUUACUUCGAUUUAACAUUACUCAAAGAUAUGUUAUUAUGCAAAAUAUUAUAGAAAUAUUAAAAAAAUAAUUUAAUUAAUACAUUACGAGUAUGUAUGUAAGAUAAGGUUAUAAGCAGGGGUAAAUGAAAGAAAUAUUUAAGUUUUUGAAGAUUUAUUACAAAUUAAAACAUAUUACAAUAUCGUACCCACGUAUGUCUAUUGUUCAUUUUGGUAAUUAAACACUGCUUAUUUGACUGAUUAUUUUAAUUAGGUAAUUAAGGAUUUGGUUUCAUAGGAACAACAUAAUUACUUACUUUAAUUGUUUUACAUGUUAGAACUGAUUAAUCAUAGUGAUCAUUAAUUGUACCUGAUUAUUAAGAAAUUCGUAUAUCAUAUAUAAGCAAUUAUUCUACCUCCAUGGCGCAGUGGUUAGAGCGUUAAAUUCUCAAAUCAAUAAUGAUUAGUAUUUGUGAAAUGCUCUAAAACAUUCCAGGCAUAAUCCAGGAAAACCUGGACAGUCAGGACAGCCAAACAACACAUCGACUCUUUUUUUGUGGACAUUAAAGCAGAGCCUGCACCGUUUUCUCAUUGUUUUGCCAUUUCUUUUGGGUAAAUGUGCUGGCAAAUGAAUUCUACCCGAAACUGACGGUCGAAUAUUCUCUGAUUUAUUGGGUAACAGGUAUUCAAUUAUUCGUAAUCUAAAAUCAUAUAAAGUUGUCUUCCUUUCUCUGUUUAAAUUAUAAAGGAAAAAAGAAUUUAAUAAUUGCAUCUGCAUGAUGUGGAUAAUUACUUUUUUAUACCACCUUAACGUUUUAUGUUCUGCACAAUAAUAAUUUAACAUUUGGUCAUGCUUGUCCACUGAUCUCAUAAAUUUAUUGUAAUUUACCUGCACUUUAGGUUUAAACGAAACGUUUCCGUAUUUAUUUUUUGAAAGUAUGUAUUCACUAUUGUGUUCAGAACUCACGAAACAGACCUCCCUCUUAUCUAGCCAUUUUGUCACUGUUACAUUUUUAUUGUUAUGCAUAAUACAUGCUUCAUUUUUUUGUAAUUUUGUAUUAAUUAAAUCUUUGGGAUUCCCUUUUUUAUUUUGCCUUAAAGUGCCGGUUAAAUAUGUGUUAUUAUUUAAUAAUUCGUUGGCCAUAUCAACGCUUGCAUAAUAAUUGUUUACAUAUAUAGAAUGACCAACAUUUAAAUAGUUUUGAGUUAGUAAACGUAAUACUUUUUUGACGUGACCACGACCACCCACUACAUUAUCUUGAGCCCCAGCAUACAAAUGUAUUUUCAUGCAGAUACCGUUAUUUUCGGCUAACAUAUAUAAUUUUAUGCCAUAUUUGUGAACUUUAUUUUUCAUAUAUUGACGAAAUCUUAAUCGACCUGUCCAUAAUAUCAGAGAUUCAUCCACAGUCAACUCUUUACUUGGAUAAUAUAUUUCUUCUAAUGUUUUAUUAAAUAUGUCAAUUAAUGAGCAUACCUUUUUAAUGCUUUCAUUGCCUGGAAUAUUUUGAACAUUCAACGCUCUUAAAAUCAUGAAGAAUCUAUUUCUUGACAUGUAGUUUUUUAAUGUAAAAUCAAAUAAAUAAUGUUUUUUCCAGUAAUCAGUGAGCCGAUUUAAUUUUAUUAAUCCCAUUAGGAAAAUAAUGCCAAUAAAGGUCUGGAAUUCUGGCAAAGAUAUUGGUUUCCACCUUUUGAAUCGUGUAUGCCCUGUACUCGUGGAUUUCAGGAUUUUACCAUUUGCGUUUGUACACGUUAUUAUAAGAUCAUGAAAAUGAUUGUUGAAUAACAAAUUAAAAAAAUCAAUUGGUUCAGUUCCGGUCAUAUUUUUUUUAAGACCAGGGUUGCCAGUAAACGGAAUUAUAUUUUCAAGAGCUGGAUUACCCAUGGUCCAGGUUCCUUCUUGAAGUACUUCCGCGUCUCGCAGUACUGGUUGCUCAUUUUCGGUAGUAACUACCUCUUCCUCAGCCAAAUCUAUCCAAUCAUCUUCCAAAGUUUCUCCCAGCAGUAUGCCAUAUAAGUCCUGGUCCGUAAAUAGAUUCUCCUCGUCUGGAAGUAUAUCUCUUGGAGACUCCAUUGUCCUCAAAAUAUUUUCUAUUUCAUGUUCUGCUCUAGAAGUCGACGGUUGAUCCAUUGUUCUAAAAAAAUCAAAUGCGAGGUGUAAGUUACAUAGUUUCAACUUUACGUCCCUAAUUUUUUUUAUUUCAUUUUUUUUGUAUUAACGUGCAGACUGAGUCAUUACGUUUAAGAACAAUGCCGCGCAACUCGUUAUCGAUAAAGGGAUGCCGCUCGGGCGCAAAUAAAUACAACAAUAGCAUUGUUUUUACCUUGCGUUGUACGUUUCCCUGUUUUAGUUUACUAGUCAUUAUACCUACUAUAUUUUGUUGAGCUUUUAUGUUCUGGUAAGUUUGUUGUUUGUAAAAAAAACUUAACAAAUAACGUUAGUUUUGUUUGAUAAUUUAUCACAAUUUAAACUUUGUUCUUCAAAAAUUAAAUAAAGGAUUAUUUAUUAACAAUACUGUUUAAAAUAAAACUAUAUAAUACCCACCGCUACUGCUGUCUAGUUAUUAAAAAAUAAGAAAUUAAUAUCAAAAAACUUACCACAGAUGAACGGCAAGUAGAUUGAUUCAAAUUCGAUAGAUUUCCCAGUAACACAAACGUAAAAUCGGAGUCCAGUAUCACAAGCCACAAUGUCACUAAUGCAAAAUCACGGGAGUCCAGGUACACGCAAGCGAAUGUCGUCGGUAGGGUCAAAAGUAAUGAGAGCACGUCUGAUGUCUGACAAGGGCACAACAGAAGUGAUCUCGUCAUCAACCCAUAUUCGGCUCACUGCUGAGCUCGAGUCUCCUCUCAGAAUGAGAGGGGUUAGGCCAAUAGUCCACCACGCUGGCCCAAUGCGGAUUGGCAGACUUCACACACGCAGAGAAUUAAGAUAAUUCUCUGGUAUGCAGGUUUCCUCACGAUGUUUUCCUUCACCGAUUGAGACACGUGAUAUUUAAUUUCUUAAAAUGCACACAACUGAAAAGUUGGAGGUGCAUGCCCCGGACCGGAUUCGAACCCACACCCUCCGGAAUCGGAGGCAGAGGUCAUAUCCACUGGGCUAUCACGGCUUUCAAGUAUUCACGGAUCACGGAAGUGAUCUCAGAAAGGAUAAAUCGCCAUGCGCAGGAACACUUUCGCAGGUCUACUUUACUUAUACUUUACCGCGUCUAGUCACACGCUUCCCAAUGUUGUAGGCACAAUAAAUUUGUGAAGUGAAGAUAAAGAAAUAAAGUCACCCUAUUUGUUUAAAUAUUGUAAUAAAUUAUACUACAACUGUUAGAGACAAAAAUAUUUCAUUCCUAUCAAAUUCUUUUUUGAAUUUUUUUUGUGUUGUGUAAUGCCAUGAAAGUAGAGAGUAAGAUGGAGACAGUCAACAUAUCUGCACCUCGUUCUCAAUUUUUAAGCGAGAGUAACCGUUAGAUAUAUAUUUUAUUAGACAUUUUUUACAUUUUAGUGUGUGAAUAAUUAUGGAUGAAUAAAAAAAUAUACCAUGUGGUUGACGACCCCUGACAAUUUAACUUUCCAAAAUAAUCUAGUGGCCACUGAUAUUAUUGUCUCUAAUGUGUUAUUUUUUAUGUAAAAUAAAAGGAUUUUUGGUUUAAAUUGAAUAAAAAAUAUAUUUAGUACAAUUUUCUAAUGACGCGCUUGUCGCGUCAUUGGCCUCCCUAAGGGCCAGGCCACAACAGUGCGUUGCGGCGUCGCAUCGUAAAAACAACAUCGCACAGCUAUGCGAUGCGAUGUCGCAACGCAAAAAUUUCAUCGCAUACGACAUCGUACGUAAAGACGCUAACCAACGUUUCAGUUUCUAGUGAGACAUGGAUCGCACUGCGCGUGUUCUACUUCUGCUUGCGUUAAGGCGUAUUAAGAAAAAGAAACAGAAAAGAAAGUACUGGGUGCACCCAUUACUGACAAUUAUGAAUAAAGAUGGAAACCACUUCAAAAGGAAAUAUGAGGCGCUAAAAGUGGACGAGGUUAAAUUUUUCGAUUACUUUAGGAUGAGUGUAGGAUGUUUUGAAGAGCUUCUUAGUUUGAUAAAGCCUCAUUUACAAAAGAAAUACAUAUUUAGAAAACCCAUCGAACCUCUGGAGAUGCUGGGAUUAACUAUAAGGUACCUGGCGACGGGAAAUACUUUUAAAGAUAUGCAUUUCACAUAUUAUCGUGGAAAAUCUACAAUAACAGAAAUAGUAAAAUUUGUUUGUCGUAUUUUAUGGAACAUUCUUAAAAGGUUGGAAUUACCAAAAAUUACAACAGAGCUGAUGGAACAAAUUGCUCAAGAGUAUGAAAAAAAGACCAACUUUCCUAAUUGUAUAGGAGCGCUAGAUGGAAAACACAUUCGUAUAUUGAGCCCGGAUCACAGUGGAUCCCUAUUUUUCAAUUAUAAAAAUUAUAAUUCCAUUGUUCUAUUAGCACUUGUUGAUACGAAUUACAAAUUUAUAUAUGUCGAUAUAGGUGCAUAUGGUAAGGAAUGUGACUCCACUGUUUUUCAAAAUUCAAAACUAUACGACUUAUUAAAAAAAGGUCAAUUAUCUAUACCUCCGCCAAAACCGUUACCUGGCUUUCAAAAAGAAAUUCCUUUUGUCUUCGUGGCGGAUGAAGGAUUACCACUGACAAAAAAUAUAAUGCGCCCAUAUUCUGGGAAGUUUUUAUCGAUAGAAAAACGAGUUUUUAAUUAUCGUUUGAGCCGAGCCAGACGAUAUGUUGAGAGCGCUUUUGGCAUACUCGCAAAUAAAUGGCGCAUAUUUCACCGACCCAUUAAUGUUUCUUACGAUUUCACAAUAGACAUUAUAAAAGCAUGCUGUGUAUUACACAACUUUGUAUUGAAUCGAGAUGGCGCACAAACGUUUGAAGAAAUGAUUAUUGACGAUUCUUUGCAAAUUUUACACGAAACAACACAUGAAAGUAGAACAGAAGCUAACAUAAUCAGAAACGAAUUUUGUAAUUAUUUUAAUAGUAAUAUUGGAGCUCUAAGUUGGCAGUUAACGAAAAUAUAAAUGUUUAUAAGUA